UUAUUUGAUUGCGAAGCCAUCGACCUACGCCAUUAUAUUUUCGACAACAGCGCUAGCUUAGUUGGGACGAUGACAAAGUACAAGGAAGUCGAUUACAAGGGAGGAAAAAGUCACUGGCCGCUUUGGGCGAUACCUUUUCUUAUAGCAAUCUUGCUCCUUUUGAUCGGAGUAUUUAUUUUGUUGACCCUUGGCGUCAAACACCAUUGUUUGUUCUUCGACUGCGAACAACCGAUCGACAAAGUCAUCUCGCCGUCGGAUGAACUACCUCGUAAUGAAGACGUUGUCCUCGGCGAUGAUGAAAUCAGUAUCCACGGAGAACUGAUCUUUGAAGAGGGUGCUCCAGACAGUUUACCUCCUAAUUCGCAUUUACGGGUGAAAUUUGAAGACGUUAGCAUGAUGGAUGCUCCCUCGGUACUUCUCGGAGAAACUAUGGUCGACUUGUCGAGCUAUGAUAAAGCGAAGAACCUGAAAUACGAAAUCAAGUCCAAAAAGCCAGGUCUUGGUGGCAGUUACAGCGUUUCUGCGACAUUGAAUGUGGGCUGGAAGGCGAACAAAGAAGCUUGGAUAAAACCAGGCGAUUACAUGACGGACACACAUUACGGUGUAAGGAUUGAGGACAAGAAACAAGAUUACAGGAGGGAUAUUACUUUGGUUAAAUAUUAGCACGAGUUAAGAUGCCAGAUGUACACUUAUUCUACUCAAGGACAGAUAUCACUUGCAGAACAUUUUAAUUGAAGGAUGCACUCUAUAUUACAUUAUUAAUUCAUUAUUUUAAUGCGAUAAGCACUGACAAAAUCUGACUGCUCAUAGAUGGUAGCUUAUUCAUACUGUCAAGCAAAGUGUAAAUAUAUCCUAAAUUAUAACAUAAUAGUAUUGGUAUGGUAGUGGGAUAAACAUUUUAUUUAAUGCAAUUAAAAUUAGACCUGCACAUUUUGUGUUUUCUCCGGCCAAUUACUGUUAAGUCUAUGCAGUAUUUCAAAAUAAUUGUGUGCUUUUUUUUUUAAUUUUGCAACCUACUAAAAUAGUUGAGUACAUACAAAAAGAAUCACCUUGCUUUUGUUCACUAUGGUAAUCUCUGGGAUAGAAUUAAAAAAAUAUUGAUUUUUUUCAUAACGAGGGAUCAUCUAUUCUGUAUUAUCUUUACAUUUACACACUGAUUAUAAUUGUAUUUUCUCUCAGAGUGUGGUUGUAUCAGGGUGACUUUUUGUUUAAAGAGUUUUAAGUUAUUAACUUGGGUGAUGUACAGUUUUUGGCAAGAGACUUGGACAAAAUGAUCAGCUUAUAAAUUUAGGGGUGGGGAAUAUCCUGGAUCAAUAAUCAACCAUCUCUAUAUUUCAGUUUAUUGGAGGUUGGCUUCUCUGUGAGAUAAAAAACAAAGCAGUGCUUACUUGUUGCCUCUCUGUGUGAGAGCUUCUAUAACUUUCAUCUUUAAUUUUGCUUGAACAUGUGCAUAAGGGCUUAUUAGUUUUUACCCAACCAGCCUUUGUUCUAGGACUCUUGGAUCAUUAAAUUUUUUUAAUCCAAAUUGAGUACUGUAUAAAAGCUGGUGCUGUUUGGUUUAAAUUUAUUUUGAUACCUCACUCUCAACUGAAUGUUUACAAGGUGUUGUCUUUUGUUGGAUUUACUUUGUUGAAGAAACUACUGUCAUUUGCAUUGUGGUGCAAAUUAUGUUAGAUAGGCUUGCAAAAGAUAAUAUCUUGCAAAACGUGUUAGCUUUUGAAUGAAAUGAAAGCUAGGUGUUGUGAAUGUGUGAGCAAGAUUAUUUUGUAGUUCAAAAAUAAAGAGCAAUUGUUAUUGGGGCUUUGUUAAUCAGUAAGUGAAAGGUAUUGUCUCAUCAUAAGGUUUAAAUGACUGGAAAAGGUUGAUAAUUCUAAACAAUAUUAUGGGAUAAAAAUGCAACUUUCAUCUCAAA